UUGGUCAUCUACUUCCUGACAAGCAAUGACCCGGAGUAAAGUAAACAGCUAGUACGCAUGCGCAUUGUUCCGAAACAAGUUGACGCAUGCGCAUUGUUCCGAAACAAGUUGACGCAUGCGCKAUGAGCUUCAAACGCAACAGCGCGAAAAAGCAGGUCUCCUGUCAACAAACUUUUUUUAAAAUUUAUUUACCCCUUUUAUUUCGCUUCUAUUUUCUUAGCACUUUAAUUGCAUCUUAUUUCUUCCCGCUUACUGUUAAGUUCAAAGUUUAGUGAGUCGUGUCAUUAAGCUAGCUAACAUCAACACAGUUCUGUGACUUAGCUAGCUAGUAAAAAUAACAUGAAACCUGCACGGGGUUCCAAAAGACCCUCAUCAAAAGSGCCCAACCCUAAAAACGCAAAGAAAGCAAAAAGGCCAGCAGGAGAAACUUCAGAUGAGAACCAAGCUGGACAAAGUGACAAAACCGCGCACUCAAAACAGCGUAAAGAAGGUCCAGCUGUGGUCUCCAGGAAGAAGAAAGUUCCGGACAGCUGGAAGGUGAUGCCGAGUUCCUCCAUCAGUGCUGUGGAGAACAUAAUGGACUUAUCGAUACUAGCAACUCUCGCUUUGAAGAAGACUGCGAAGAAGGAGAGCCAGGAACAUUUAAACAAAAUAAAAAACGGGUUUUUAGCUCACUGUGCUCAGCUCAAGGUUCCAGCUCUGAAACUGAAAAAUGCAAAGAGUUCUUCUCUGCGGCACAAGGAGGAGAGCAAGAAGUCGGCGCUCGGAAAGAAGACACUGAGCUCGCUGGAG